AUGAACUAUUCAGCACAUAACGGCCAGUAUCCCUCGCAGUACCUGCAGCAGCCCUCCAAUCUCCCGCCGCACCAGCAGACCAUUCAACCGCAGCAGCUACUGUAUAACAAUGCCCCCUCAACACCUUCGCCAUACUCCUAUGGCAAGCCUGUGGUCUAUCCCCAGGUCAUGAUCCCGACAUACUCGCCUUAUGCGCAGUCAUACGGUCAACAGUCCCAUCAACCUCCGUCUCAACCCCAACCGCCGCCGCAACCACCGCCGCAGCAGCAGCAACCGCAACAACAGCCGGCACAGCCACCGCAAUAUGUGAAUCCGUCUGAUAUCUUCCAGCAGCCUCUCCCUCCGAUCCCAUCCUCAUUCACUUCACGCACGCCCUCUCAAUAUGGAGUACAACCCGCAGUUUCCGCUCCCAGUAUCACCCAUUCUCCCGCGCUUUCGACUGCUGCCGUUGCACCCCAACCCCAACCAACAACCAAUUCGCCAGUACUUUCUACCGCUGCUACACCCCAAUCAACGUACCAUACCACUCCCAGUGCUGCUCCCAGUGAUGACCAAGCCAGUAAACCGCUUGGAAAUGCCACUCAGCCUCCGUCCAACCCCCCGACAGCAGCCCGGCCCAACCCUAUCGCCGCGACUCCCCCAGCGCCAUCGCCGAAACCCAUACCUCAGGUGUUGAUUCCAGCUCCUUCGCCGGACGUGCAACAAAAAAUGCAGCAAAAGCAGGCCCCAAAGAAACACAUGCCACGCCCCGCGGCCCCGCAAACUGCACAGAAGCCGGCAAAAUCGGCCAUAGAUUACCAGGUAUUGCUGCUGGCCAUGGCGGACGAGUAUCUUAACGCAGCCCACGGUCACGGGACAACGGUCGCAUUGAUGAGGCGUGAGAUGGAGGUGGAUGAAUACUAUAAAUUAGUUGCCUCCGGUCUCGGUUGUCUGGAGGCUGUGCUCAAGGUUCGUUGA